AUGUUGUUUGUAAUUCAAGACUUCUGCCUCAAGAAGGGUGAUUUAACCCACUUCGAGCCACUCAAUGUGUUAUGGCCAACAUCUCCUUGGUACAUCCUGGUAGUCAAUAUUCAAGAGCAUCCUCACUGGGGUGAACUAAGACCUGAACCAGUCUGUGCAAGCCAGUGGUGCAAUAGUUUUGCACCAGCUGCUUGCCUACCAGGCGAUGUGCUCCUUCUCAUAUUUGAGCUUGGAUUGGAAAACAGAGACACCUACAUGCUCAGGAGCUUGAGCCAGGCUCUAAAUCUUGUCAACAGUGCAAUGUGGGUCACCAAAAUCCUUAGAUGUUCUCAAGCUGUACCCCUAGACAUCCACUUCAACACAGCAGAAGACAAUACUGGCUAUGCAAUUCCCAAUCUCACCACAAUACUAGCCAACUACUUCGAGAGAUGUGCAAACCUCCACAUCAAGGGAUAUGGGGAUGACAUAGAGGAAGUUUUGGGCACUGCCAUUAUGGCCACUGGUACUGUCUAUCAGUUACUUUCUGUUCUAGCAUUACUUCCAGGCUUGGAGGACCUUUGGUUACAGGAUUCUUUUGUCAAUGGAGAAACAGAUCAGGACACAUGUGUUUGCACAGCUUCUGGGUGCACUCAGACUUCCAUUACUUGUGAGGUUGGAUGUGUUGGAGUAGUAAUCUGCACUAAUCCUACAAGUGCCAUUGAGUACCCAAGGCCAGAAUGCAUUAGCACCAGAUUAUGGGAGGGUGUUGGAGUAGUAAUCUGCAACAGGAUGCAGUUGUUGAUGCUGGCCAGCACAUCUGUGACCUUCAAAGAUUGGGUCUGUCCUCUGGCCAUUCCCGACACUCACCUCACUGACCUGAUUGGGAGUAUUCCCACUGUUGUAGCAGUGCAAAGGGUGGAAGACUUUUGGGUGUCCCUUCCUGUGGGCAUCAAGGAAUGCCUCACAGAUCCCAAUACUUGGAGUCACUUCUUCUGCUGA